GUAGUAAUGAAACGUUCUUGAAUGAAAUAUUUUUUUAUUUUUAGGACAUAGUAAAUUAUAUUUCAAUUAUGGACAUUAUUUGUAAAAUAAUUCGUAUUUAAUGGUAUAAGAACAAACCUACUAUUAUAAUUAGUGGAUACAAAAUUAAUGAUAUGUCAUUGCUUUGUUUGAAGAGCAGGAAGUUUACGCCAAAAAGUGCGACUGCGCACUGGCCAAAUUAGUAGUGUGAAAGAAAAUGGCGAUCAGCGAAAGGCGUCCGGAGUUAACGUGAUGAAAAACAUUGUUAAAAGCUCAAUUACAUAGUGUUAUAGUUAUUAAUUGUGUCAGAUGUAGAUUAAUUAAGUGUUAAUGAAUAGUGAUUGUGUAUAAAAAUGGCUGCGAAUAUGUACAGAGUCGGCGACUGCGUCUAUUUCGAGACGUCGUCGACGUCUCCGUACCAGAUCCGACGGAUAGAAGAGCUGAACAAGACUCCGUCUGGGAACGUGGAAGCAAAAGUCAUGUGCUUCUACAGGCGGCGAGACCUUCCAAAUCCUCUUAUACAGUUAGCUGAUAAGCAUCAAAUGGCCCAGUCGGAAGACUCACCAAUCGCGAUGAAACUCAAGAAAAUAUGCCUUAAAACGCCGGUCGGCGAGGAACAAGCAGCACAAGCAGUUCUCGACCCUGCGCUAGCGGCGAUGGAGGAGGAAUCUAGCGAGUUGCCAGGCACGGACGGCCUGGCGCCCAAACAGCGACACCAGGCGAAACACCGGGAGCUGUUCUUAUCUCGGCACGUGGAGACACUGCCGGCAACACACAUACGCGGCAAGUGCACCGUCACGUUGCUCAACGAGACGGAGUCGCUGCUCAGCUAUCUCAAUAAGGAUGACGCAUUUUUUUAUUGUUUAGUAUUUGAUCCUUCACAAAAGACUUUAUUAGCAGAUAAGGGAGAAAUCAGAGUUGGAAGUAGAUAUCAGACUGAAGUAACUAAUUUAUUAAAAGAUGGCGAGGAGGACGUCCGUAACAGCGAGGAGUUGGAGACGCUGGUUUGGACGCCGGAGCACGGGCUGACGGACCGACAGAUCGACCAGUUCCUGGUGGUAUCGCGCUCCGUCGGCACAUUCGCGCGCGCCCUCGACUGCUCCUCCUCCGUCAAGCAACCCUCGCUGCACAUGUCCGCCGCCGCAGCCAGCCGAGACAUCACACUCUUCCACGCGAUGGAUACCCUGCACAAAUCAGGCUACAGCAUAGAGUCUGCGCUGUCCUCGCUAGUGCCCGCAUCGGGCCCAGUACUCUGUCGCGACGAGAUGGAAGAGUGGUCUGCCUCCGAGGCCAAUCUCUUUGAAGAGGCGCUUGACAAGUACGGCAAGGACUUCGCUGAUAUACGGCAGGACUUUUUGCCAUGGAAGACGCUAAAGAACCUUGUAGAGUACUACUACAUGUGGAAGACGACAGACCGCUACGUGCAACAGAAACGCGUCAAGGCGGUGGAGGUCGAGUCCAAGUUGAAACAAGUGUACAUUCCCAACUACAACAAGCCGAACCCGGCCUUGAUAACCAGCAACAGUAGCAGCGGCAAGGCGCCCGCCGUCCUCAAUGGAGGCACCAACGGCACCGCCACCGUCACCGCUGCGCAGCUCUGCGCCUCCUGCCAAGUGACAAAUUCUAACCAGUGGUACACAUGGGGACCGCAGCAUUUACAAUACAGACUUUGCGGCACAUGCUGGCAAUACUGGAAAAAGUAUGGAGGUCUCAAGACCGCUGGAGUUUUUGGCGAGACCGAAGUAGAAGCCGCGAAAGGUCCUCGUGGCGAGGGCGAAGACACCGCACUGUCUGUGUCUCAUCGUCCACAUCGUUGUACUGUUCUUAAUUGCGCUAAGGAGUUCAAAUUGCGCGCGCAUCUGGCGCGGCACGUGGCGACCGCGCACGGCAGUAGCGAGGGCGCGCGACCCGUCAUGAAGACGCGCGCCGCCUUCUACCUGCGCGCGUCGCCCUUCACGCGCCUGGCACGACGCCUCACGCGCGCGUUGCGCCGCCCACGCCAUUACGCACGCUCGCCUUUCUCGCCCAUCAACCUGACGCAGGUGAAGCACGAGUGCAGCGCCGCCAUGGCGGGGCUGGGGGCCGCCGAGCUGCGCGCGGCCGGCGCGGCGGGCGCGGGCGCGGCACGAGUGCGCGGGCCCGUGGGAGCCGUGGCGGCACGCUUGGCUGCGGCGCGCGGCACGCCGCCGGCGACAGGGCGCCACGACUGGCUGACACUGACGCCGCGCGACGCCAUGCCGCACCCGCCACACGUCGCCUUCCCCAAGCCGCCUAAGGCGCCCGGUACGUCGGCAUGUUAUUCAAACACACACCUUAUAUUCAAAUAUUCAUCCUUUUCUUCCUACUCUUAUCCUAAAUACUUGGGGAGGUGCGCGCGAGGGCGGGGAGUGCGCGGCGCCGCCGCCGGCCAAGCGGCCCAACAAGCACCCCGCGCCCAUGCAGCGGCCCUCGCGCGAGCAGUACGCCGCCAUGUGAACGGCAAGCCGACCAACAUUAGUGGUAGAGGCGGCCGCAGACACGUGAUCUCCUGGAUGGACGCGCCAGACGACCUCUACUUCCGAGCGAAUGACACCGCCAAAAUGGCGCGACGCAGCCUGUCGUGCGGUGAGCUGCGACGUGGCGCGCGCGCCCCCUGGCGGGCGCUGCGCGGGGGCGCAGUGGCGGGCGGGGGCGCUGGGGGCGCGGCGGGUGGCAAGGCUCUGGGCGGCGCGGCGCCGCUGCAGCUGGUGAUCCUGGACUGACAGCCGGCGCCGCGCCCCCGGCCCCCGCCGCCCC